AUGGUAGAGAAAAUGCAAACAGAAAGCAAACAUAUGCUCUACACCAUGCAGACACAUGAUAUGCUUGUUACUGUUUUUCCUCUUGAUACUAUAGCUUGUUGUGGGAAAGCUUUGACUGGUAGAGAACACCUACUUUUUUAUGGAAGACUUAAAAAUCUUAAAGGUUCCGUCUUGACUCAAGCAGUAGAAGAAUCUUGGAAGAGUUUAAACCUUUUCCAUGGAGGGGUUGUUGAUAAACAAGCUGGAAAAUACAGUGGUGGGAUGAAGAGGAGGCUUAGUGUUGCAAUUUCAUUAAUUGGGGACCCCAAAGUUGUUUAUAUGGAUGAGCCAAGUACUGGAUUAGACCUUGCUUCAAGAAAAUGUUUAUGGAAUGUUACCAAGCUUGCAAAAUAGGAUUGUGGAAUCAUUCUGACAACUAAAAGCCAGAUAUGGAGGAACUUAUGUGUUGACAAUGACAGCAUCUUCGGAUCGCAAGAAGAAUGUAGAGAACAUGGUACAAUAGCUCUCUCCAAAUGGCAACAAGAUAUACUGUCUUUCUCGAACCCAGAAAAAGAGAUGGUCGAGACCAACAAAAGUUUAACCUUCUUUCUGAUGCAACAUUUAGGAUUUGUUGGAUCUUCUUCUCGUCCAAGUUCAUCACCACAACCCAACGAUGAAACUGAUUAAGAUAGUGGGGAUGAGGACAUUGGUAGUGAUCAUAUUGAGUAGUAUUGUUUUUAUUUUGUUAUAUUGGUUGUAUCAUAUACUUGGUUAUUCUUAGUUUUUUUUUUGGA